AUGGAAAAGUUCAAUCUUUUGCGGCAUUCCUUAUCGGGGAAAGCUCUAGAUGCCAUUGCUCACCUUCAAUGGGAAGAGAGCCACUAUGCUUUGGCGAAAGAAAUAAUACAUGAGCGAUUCGGCGACAGCAAGCUCGCGCGAAAUUCCCACAUCAGGGAAAUCGACAAACUCCUGGAACGAGGAUUGAUCCAGUAUCAUCGCCUGGAGUCUUUCUCGGAGACUCUGAGCCUGAAUGUGAAAGCUCUCCUGGCGCUCGACAACUCCUACGCAGAACUGUCGACAGCCACAAUGCAACGCAUUUUGAGAUGCCUGCCGACAGACCUGAGAGAGAAAUUCAUCAGAAAACUGGCGAAAAGGAAGUUGUCGGACCCAUUAAUAACAGAUCUCGAAUCCAUGCUAGAAUUCCUCAACCUUACGGUGAAGGUUCGCAGGGAAGCAGAAUUGGAGGGCGGUGGUUUUCCCCAGCGCGAUUCGAGAAGACCCACGUUUCAUCAGGGGGAACCACCAGCAUCGAAGCCACGUCAUUCCCAACAUCAGGCAUAUACGCCACACAGGGCAACGCACAACUUCUUCACGAGUGGCCAGAAGCAAUCCUCGGGAGACAGUAAUCAACACUCUAAAGUUGAUAAAUCGUGCAUCUUUUGCGGGGAUGAUCACGAAAGCUUCAGAUGUAGAGCGACGCUGACCCUCCAGGAACGCAGAGAAAGAGUGAUUCAACAGAAGGCAUGCUGGAUCUGUUUGAAACGGAACCAUUCCGCGAAGACUUGCCGAGACGGCCCGAAGAGGAAUUGCGCGAAAUGCAACGGACGACACUACGUGAUCAUGUGUAAGAAAGCGCAGCUCGAUACCGCAUCAUUCAUGAUCUCGACGGUUCCCACCACGACUACAACGGAGGCAACCAGUAGCGUACAUAG